AUGAAUAUCUUGCUCCUUGGAGAGACCGGCGUGGGCAAAUCUACCUUCAUCAACGGACUCGCCACUUACUUCACGUACCCCUCGCUAACUGAAGCUCUGAAAAAUCCAUUCGAACCAAUAAUCCCGGUAAACUUUAAAGUUGCCAAUAAUACCGUCAAAUUAGGAGCUGACUCCAACGAGGACAAUAAGCCAGGAACCUCGGCUACUCAGAAACCUCGGACCUAUAUUCUUGGUUGGAAUUCGAACGUAAUUCGUGUCCUUGAUACUCUAGGAAAUGGCGACACUAGAGGCGUGGAACAGGAUAAAAUUAAUUUUGCUAGAAUCCUGGAGCACAUCAAGCAUUAUAAUUACAUCCAUGGCAUCUGCAUCUUAUUAAAAUCCGAUCAAAAUAGAAUCACCCCUUUCUUUAAAAGCUGCAUCAUGCAGUUACUUUCUCAUCUUCAUCAGGAUGCAAUAAAUAAUAUCGCGUUUGUCGUCACGCAUGGGGUAGCGUCAGACUUCGAUCCGGCCGUAUCCAUUGAGUCUCUAAAAACAAUGCUGGCCCGCGACCUAGAAGAAGUGGAUAUCCCAUUGAAUGAGAGCACGGUGUACUGCGUGGAUAACGUGGCUGUAAAAUUUUUAGCACAAAAAACGGCUGGCGUUGCCUUUUUAAAGGAGCGCCUAAGUACAUCCGCGGCUACUGUAGGUUGGGAGGAGACGUACCCCGAAAUUAAUCGCUUGUUCUCCAACUUUAGGCUGCUUACUCCACACGACACGACAAAAACGUAUAGUUUGAAUCACACUAGGAAGGUUUGUUUAACUUUAGGUACUCCGUUGGCUGAGACUACAGGAAAGAUUUUGAUAGCCCAGGCAGACAUUUCCAAACAAAAAGAUAGUAUAAUUAAAGACUUGGAGGAGGGUGCCUCACUGCAAGGAGCUUUUGUAAUGAAAAAGAAAAUAUACAGGAAAGUCACUGAUAAUAAGUAUGAGUGGAUGAUUUGCAGCUCUUCAAGUUGCGGACGACUUGAAAGGGAUGAUUCUGGCACCGAAAUCUUCAUUCCAAGGUAUUGCAAGUAUCAUGAGGCUACGCUCUUGAGUUCAGUGGUUCCUAGUUCCCUUUUUAAAUUGGGUACUAUUGCAUCCGCUGGAUUAUUCAGCUUUGCAUUGUAA